GAGACUGGAGGAGAGACGGGCUGGCAGGCUGCACACACCGUAAACGAUGGUUGUCGGAUAGAGUCCUGGAGACCUAAUGAAAGUAGCUGCUUGAAUUGUUUUGCAGCGAUUACUGAAGCUCAGUGGAGCCCGGCGUGCGUGCACCGCAUCCCCGGACACCUGGGGAGCAAGGAGGCAAGACAACUGCAGCAGACUUAGAGAAAAAAAGAAAGAAAGAAAGAAGAGGAGGACUUGUUUGCAAUUUAUUAAUUUUUUUUUUGCAGCUGAUUUGCUCAAUUUUCAUCUUCACGUAAGCAACUCUUUCCCAGAGGGAGCCGGACGGGAUCCGUUUCAUGCCCGGGGGAAGCCAGCGCGACCUCCCGCUCGGAUCCAGCGCACCGGCCUCCCACGCUCCUCUGGCGGGCUCAGAAGCUGCAGAUCCCGGCAUUUGCUGGGAUGUUUGAGUCGCGUGGUUUGGUGGGGUGAAGGGACCGAGAGAGUGGCCGGAGGGAGACCGAGGAAGGAGGAGGGGGACGGAGGCCGAGAGAGGAGACGGGGAGCAUGGCUGUGGUGGCGCUGCCUCUCUGGGUGCUAACGAGUCUCACCUGGGCGAGCGUGCUCCAGGUGUCAGCCAAUAGACACUCGGUUUACUGGAACAGCUCCAACAUACAUUUGCGCAGGGAGGGCUACACAAUGCAGGUGAACGUCAACGACUACCUGGACAUCUACUGCCCUCAUUAUAACGACAGCCAGCGCAUGGUCGGCACCGGAGAGCAGUACGUCCUCUACAUGGUCAGUUACCGUGGCUACAGGAACUGCGACCCCCAGCUGGGCUUCAAGAGGUGGGAGUGUAACCGGCCUCACGCCCCCCACGCCCCCAUCAAGUUUUCGGAGAAGUUCCAGCGCUACAGCGCCUUCUCGCUGGGCUACGAGUUCCACGUUGGACAGGAGUACUAUUACAUCUCCACGCCCACUCAUCACCACGGCCGCAGCUGCCUGAGACUACGAGUGUACGUCUGCUGCUCCACGGCCUCUGACGUGGACGAUGAGCCAGAGCCCACAGAACCAGACUACACACUUAGACCAGGACUAAAAAUUGAUGAUAUUGAUGAAUUUAACCCUUUCGUUCCCAAGCUGGAGAAGAGCGUCAGUGGAAGCAGUCCGUCCAGGGAUCGCCUUCUCCUCACCGUGACGAUGCUCCUCCUGGCCGUCCUCUUCAUCUCCUAGCAACGGCCAUCCCAUCAGCGUCACCAUGCCAACUAGCCUUGGGAGGCUGUACAGUACCAGUGGGUGGGAGAGGAGGGAGGGGGUCAGGAGAGGAGAGUUAAGAUACUUCAAAUAGAGCAGAAGGCAAAGAGGAGCGAGACUUUGAAACAAGAGUUUUCAAGCAUCGAAGUGUGAUUGUGUGUUUGUACGUGCGUGUUUGUACGUGUGUGUGUGUGUGUUUGUGCAGCUGUGUGUUUGAUGGACUGUGGUUUUGGUGGACUUGAAAGACCUUUGGUUGCUCUGUGUCACAGACUGAACUAUAUGUUGCAUUGAAGUCAGCCUGUGCACACAGAUGCAGGUUUGGUAGACUGUGUGUGUGUCUGUGUGUGUGUGUGUGAGAGAACAGGCCACAGGCUGAGCUUGUUGAAUCAUGCACGCCAAACAAGCAUUUAUACAACUGUAGCGGGGCGGGGCUGAAAUCCUAAUUUGAAAAAAAAAAUGAAAAAAAAGGUACGUCGAGGCAACAUGUGAUGAUUUUUCCCGGGAUCUGAUUGGCUAAAACACUUCCUUAGGGCUAGUUGCCAUAGUUUCUUGCAGCAAGACUUAAAACUGAACUCAUAUGAACUGAAUGAAAUAGAUUUCAGUAGAAUUGAACUGAAAUUGCCUUUUUCUUUUUUUGCAUUGAUGUUAUCGUUGUUGAUCUUGAUGCUGGGAACUUGUCCCAGUCCACAGAGGGAAUAAAAAAAGGAACCAGCGGACAAACUGCGCUGAUCCUGCAUCAAAGUAGGCGACAGGUCAAACACACCACAGACUACAGACCACCAGUGUUUUAGUUGCCAUCUUCGCCCCCCCCGUGUCUCAUCCUGUGUUCACCAUCAGUCUCUAGAAGGCAGCAGGACUGGACGGGGCUCAGGAGGAAAUUCAGAGCAUUUUCAACAAUUAAUCAUUCACUUAAAUGUCGUUUUUGGGGGUGGGUGGGGGAGAAGGGGAGGAGGAACUUUAAAUGUGCCAUUGACACUGCAAGGAUGUAUCGAUGUUAUAAGUUGUCGUGUUACUUUUAUUUACCCUCUUUAUUCGGUUCGUCCUCCGUCAUCUCAACCCAACGAAAGCACACGAUGGCUACAGAGCAGCCAUGGAUAUCUCAGCAAUACAGCCCCUCCUCUCAACCGACCACGAGUCAUUCAGAGAAGAAGAAGAAGAAGAAGAAGAAGAAGAGCAGGGAGGAGGGACGAAGGAGGAAGAACUGUCACUCACAUGAGCAUCAAAGGACAAUUAAGAAGCUCUCUACUGGUCCAUGUUGGUGUAGCAGCGUGCUCCGCCCAUCUCAUCUCUUCUCAUUUGUCAGUUGCCACGUGUCAACAGUUUUUUUCUGUUACUGAAUGAGUCUGUUUGUGCCUGAGAGAAAAAAAGAAAACCUAUGUAGGAGUGUGCCACGUGUGAGUGUCAGAGAGCGAGUGAGAAUAUUUGAAAUGGUACUAACAGCCUGAAAAUACAUCAACAUACUGUACAUCGUUUAAAUAUGAAAAUGCAAAAUAGUAAAAAAAAAAAAGCUAAAAAAAAAAAUUCCAGAACACAACUAGAGCAACAAGUAAUACAUACAAACCAAGUGCUUUGGUGGGAAGGUACGACAACUCAAACUUCAAACAACUCUACCAGUCGGUUGCUUCAGAAUAGCGUUUCCAUAGCAACUAGCACCUUAUUCACCAUGGUUACCCUACCCUGCCAAUGAUAGACUCUAGUAGGGCAUGGCUUACCAUUGUAGCUGAUAACAAUGAUGGGAGUGAUGAUUAUGAUGAUGGACUGGGAGCCGACCGUUCGCCGACCAGGCCACAGCGGCGCCACGUGAGACGUUCAAGUACCCGUGUAAAUGUCACAAUGGACACAGAAUGGAAUUCCAAUAUCUUGAAAUCUGCCGAGGUGAAAUGUGAUGUAAGCAUUUUUACAAACUUGAAGCUCAGCUUUCUUUGUGGGCUCAGUUGUCUUUGUGGUUUUAUUAUUUUUUGUAUGUUUUUUUUAUGAUUAUGCUGUUGAGUUUGUUGUGGUGUAACAUUGGUUGUCUUAAGGGGGGAGAUGGAGGAGUUUAACAAAUGGUAGGUUGAGCCAUACGUAAACCUGGGCUGCACUCUGUGGUUCUCUUAUCUAAGGGCCUUUUUGGUUUCAUGAACUUUUUGGCUAAUUUUCUUGUACAUUUAGGAGUAUUUACUCAGCCUGCUUUACCAAUUUUGAUCAUUAUUCAAUCAGUUUCUUUUGCAAUACUAAUAUUCAAAGGAAAACCAUCUAAAACCAAGCUACGUCUUUAUCAGAACCAGUUAACAGGUCUGGUCCAGGAUGUGAUCAUUAACCUUUUUACACCAACAGGUCAAAUGAUCCAGUUAUUCACAGUUUAAACCACAACGUGUGUGACAAGUGCAACCAAGCAGCAAAAGCCCAUUAGAUUUAUAAGAAUGUAUUAAUGGUUGUUGCCCUAACAAGAAUUUACUUCUAUGUAAACAAACAAGGAUCCUGUAGAACUGGAGAAUCAUUGCGUUCGUUGGACUAAAGCACCGUGUGGAACCAGUCCAGGUGUAGGUAUGGCUCUUGGUGGGAGGGUGAGGUCAGAAAGGUUUGGGUUCUGGUGUGAAAGGGAAGGGAUGAAGUGUGUGAGGGUAAAUCACUCUUCAAGAAGUUGCACUUAAGAACUUAGACACGAGAGCAAGAAAGUGUGUGCGUGUGCGUGCCCAUCAUCUGAAUGUGUGCGUCUGACCGGGAGGAGAAUCUGACAUAAUUUCUGUUCAUUUGGCAACGUCAUGUGUGCAGGAGCUUUAGCAUGAGAUGCUGUAUGUCAUGGUGUGUAUAAGGUGUCAGUGUGUGUGUUCAUGUGCGUGAAUGAAUGAGCGAGCGAGUGAGAAACGGUCUCUUUGUUCCUGCUCUUUCCAUUUGUGCGUGUGUGUGUGUGUGUGUGUGUGCGUGUUUGAGCGAGUGCGACUGAUUGUUGUCUGGCAAAACAACAAAAGCAUUUAAUAGUGUUGGAAACAACCAUUUACAAUCAUGUUUACCUUUGACUGGAAUGACUUUAAAUGAACUUGAAAAUAAACUGUAAACUGAACAAACCAUAACAGAGGUUAUAACAAUGAUCAUGAUAACAAAAAUAAUAAGCUUACAAAUCUUACUUUUAA